AUGCCAUUUUCCCACGAGUUAUCCGAAACAUCUGUGCCAGGUCCAGUAAUUGCAAGAAGAAGAUGGACCUCAGAUAAGCAGGCAACAUCCACACGAUAUUUGGGAAGAGUGUGGAUAAUGAUUGUGACGUCCGGAAGCGUUCUGACGUUCCAUGCUACUACUGCUAAACACCUCGCUGCGCGUGCAGAGAGUUUCCCUUGGUAA